AUGCGUGGGCGGUUGAAGGGUCUAGAUAUGCUAAAGAUUGGUGAAAAGGGUACGUGUUUGGCCUCGGAGGAAGCGGAUGGAGUUCCAUAUUCCGAGGGUCUGCGAGUCAUGGCCAUUGACGGCGACCGUGCUUGUCUCAAGAUUCUCGCCACUGCGCUAAAGAAGUGCAAAUAUGAAGUCACAGCGCAAGAAAAAGCGACUGAAGCCUUAGAGACGCUGAGAGGGGAAAAAGACAAGUAUGACAUCGUCAUCACUGCCAUUGUAGGGCUCGACAUGGACGGUUUCAAUCUCGUGGAGGUUAUCGGCCUUGAACUGGACAUACCAGUCGUUAUGGUAUCGGCGAGCGAUGAUCGGAAGAUCGUAAUGAAGGCUAUAUUGCAUGGGGCUCGGGACUUCCUAAUGAAGCCGGUUAGGAUUCAAGAGCUGAAAAACAUUUGGCAGCAUGUGCUAAGGAAGCAAUUACGCAAACAAGAAAAAUCUAGGCUUGCAGUCGAAAAGACAGCUCCACAAGCAACAGGGAUGAAGCGACCAGUACUCACGGACGAAGAAGCAAACGCCAAGGAUGAAAGCAAUUGCCAAGCUGACGACAAUGCUUCUGUGCGUAAGAGAACGAGGGUCAGUUGGUCCCCCGAGCUUCAUCUCAAAUUCGUUAAUGCAGUUCAGCAGCUAGGAAUCAAUUCAGCAUAUCCAAAACAAAUACUGGAAAUCAUGAACGUGCAGGGACUCACUAGAGAAAACGUGGCAAGUCAUCUUCAGAAGUACAGAAACAUGCUGAAGAAGCACGAUGCAGCUCGGAACCAAGAAAGCCCAAGCGAAGCCAAUUUGAGCCUUAACACUAGGCGUGGCCGCUACCGAAAGAACAUCGACAGUGCCUACAGAGUAGGAAGUGCCCAGCAGCCUCUCGACAUCAAGGAAGUUAACAGCUACACUAUCACAUCCAACAUGAUAAUGAAUAAACUCUCAGGCGUUAAUCAGAAUGUUAUUCCGAGUCAUCACAAAGCUCCUCAAGUGUAUAGACCGCAUCAGUGUCUUACUGAUCAAGUGCAGCAUGUGCAGACUCCUUGGCUUGAGCACCAACCUUCAGCUAAUUUUUUUCCAAUGACCAAUAAAAUCGCCGUGCCCGAGUUUCAAAGAUCAAACUUCUCGACUUUGCAAUUUGGACAUAUGCAACCGGAGAAUCAGACGGGAAGUCAGUCUCAGAACUUUCAAUUCCAGAUUCCUCAGAUUGGAGGCAACUUCAGCAGCAGGCCAAUCAAUCAUCCUCAUGGGUUCCCGACUGGCUUCAAUCAACAUCCUCCGUUAAUUCAAAGUGGAGUUUCUACCGUGAAGGAUACGUGCAUGGACCCCACGACCACCCAUGUUCAUAAAUCCGAAUCUGGACCAGACAGAGGGACAAGUAUUUGCUAUCAGGGCAAUGGCGGAAGCUCUAGCUUGAGGAAUCAGAUUGCUUGUGGCAAAAGCAAUGAGAGAAAUCUGUCAUCAGUACGAUCAUUUGAAAGUGACAAUGUGCAGCUUGAGCAUCAAUUGCUCGAAAAAUCAGAAGAAGGAAGAGAUUUGUACCACCACAAGUUGAGUUUCCUUGAUGAUGAACUUACUAUCAUGAUCAACCAGUUUAAUGUUGAUGGAGCUCCGAAGCUGUAA